AUGGCGAUCCAAAUACCGAGCCGGCUGCUGUUCAUCGACGGCGAGUGGAGAGAACCGGUCCUCAAGAAACGCAUCCCAAUCAUCAACCCAGCUACUGAAGAAAUCAUCGGGCAUAUUCCUGCAGCUACAGCUGAAGAUGUGGAGCUUGCAGUGGAGGCUGCUCGGAGAGCUCUUUCCAGGAAUAAGGGGAGAGAUUGGGCUUCGGCGCCUGGGGCAGUUCGUGCUAAGUAUUUGCGUGCUAUUGCUGCUAAGAUAGGAGAGAGAAAACCUGAGAUAGCCAAACUCGAAGCAAUUGAUUGUGGAAAACCAUUGGAUGAAGCUGCGUGGGACAUAGAUGAUGUUUCCGGGUGUUUUGAGUACUAUGCAGAACUUGCUGAAGGUUUGGAUGCACAGCAAAAGGCUCCUAUUUCUCUUCCUAUGGAGCAAUUUAAGUGUCAUGUUCUUAAGGAGCCCAUUGGCGUUGUUGGGUUAAUUACACCAUGGAACUAUCCAUUAUUAAUGGCUACAUGGAAAGUCGCUCCUGCUUUAGCUGCUGGGUGUGCUGCAAUAUUGAAGCCCUCUGAGUUGGCAUCUGUGACUUGUUUGGAGCUAGCUGAUGUGUGUAGAGAGGUCGGUCUUCCUCCUGGUGUCCUCAAUAUCCUGACUGGGCUGGGCCAUGAAGCUGGUGCUCCUUUGGUAUCUCAUCCCCAUGUUGAUAAGAUUGCAUUUACCGGAAGUACUAUGACCGGGAGCAAGAUUAUGACAGCUGCAGCCCAAUUGGUGAAGCCUGUUUCACUGGAGCUUGGUGGGAAAAGCCCAAUUGUUGUUUUUGAUGACGUUGAUAUCGACAAAGCUGCUGAAUGGACUGCCUUUGGUUGCUUUUGGACAAAUGGACAGAUUUGCAGUGCAACAUCUCGUCUUAUAUUACAUGAAAACAUUGCAACAGAGUUUUUGGAUAGGCUUGUGAAAUGGUGCAAAAACAUCAAGAUUGCAGAUCCUCUUGAAGAAGGUUGCAGGCUUGGCCCUGUUGUUAGUGGAGGGCAAUAUGAGAAAAUAUUGAAGUCCAUCGAAACAGCUAAGAGUGAAGGUGCAAGAGUUUUGAGUGGUGGGGCUCGUCCUGAGCAUCUAAAGAAAGGAUUCUUCAUUGAACCAACAAUCAUAACUGAUGUAACAACCUCCAUGCAAAUCUGGAGAGAAGAAGUUUUCGGCCCUGUUCUUUGUGUCAAAACAUUUAGUUCAGAAGACGAAGCUCUUGAACUAGCAAAUGACACCCAUUACGGCUUAGGUGCUGCAGUCAUAUCAAAAGAUUUAGAAAGGUGUGACCGUUUCUCUAAGGGCCUUCAAGCAGGAAUUGUAUGGAUCAACUGCUCACAACCAUGCUUCUGUCAGGCUCCAUGGGGAGGCAACAAACGAAGUGGUUUUGGGCGUGAACUAGGGAAAUGGGGACUUGAUAAUUACUUGACCGUGAAGCAAGUUACGGAAUAUGUAUCUGAUGAUCCAUGGGGUUGGUACACGUCGCCUUCAAAGCUGUGA